UUCAAUUUUUUUUCUAUAUAUCGUUUUUUCUACCCCUCACCACUACUAACUUUCGCCUCACCUGUCUCCGUGAUCUCGCGUUACUUUACCUCCCAACCCACCCCCUCCCACCCACACAUACAUACACAGACACAUACACGCAAGCUCCAUGGGUAACUGUGGACCGAGCCCGUCUGCAAUUGCAUCAUGGAGCAUUCGAAUUACGCAGAGAUCGAUGAGUCUCAGUACCGCCAGGAGGUUCUCCAACUGCCCUCCGAGGAAGCCGAGACGGCGCAGGAGCAGAGAUUAAUCGACGAAGCCCGCCAACUAGGCCUGAACGUCCCAGAGGUUGAGCUGGUCGCAUCGUUGACCGCGUCCAUCGCUUCGGGGAUGGUGGACUUGUCCUCGUCGUCACCCAUCAUAUCGUCCACCCGAACCUCCACCGACCGCAACUCCGCGUACGAUAUCACCUCCUCCCACCAAACCCCCUCCAUCGAUCUCCUCGGUUCGUCUCUCUCCGAAUUCACUGUGUCCUCCGAACCCAUGCACAAUGGUAGUGCUCGUUCGAUCGCCUCACUGUCCACCCGACCGACAUCUUAUAGCUCAUGUGAGGGGAGACUGAUCCCGGGGAUAGAUACGAAUCUGGCCGCGGGGGCGCCGGGCAACCGCCAUUCGAUGAUCAGCGUGAUCCCAAGCGACAAGAAAGAGCGACGCAAAUCGACCCUGAAGUCAGCCAUGGAGAAGAUCCAUUUUCGCAAGAAGCGGUCGCCGUCUGCAGUGCUUCUUCCACCCGCCGCGCAGCUAACAAUCGCUAAAGGCAGCAAGGGUCUUGAGCAAGUUCUAGUGGACUCAAAGUCGUCGGAGUCGCCAGAAGCCCGAUCGUCCGGCGAAGGAAGCGGAGUGCUGCGGAUUGAGAUCCCGACAUUCGAUCAUGAGUCGCUGCAACGAAGUCAGAACGACGAGCAGCUGCGUCAGAUGCGCGAGCGUCAGGUGGCGGAGCUGAAUCGACACAACAUGUUCCAGGAUGCCUUCACAAUGCGCCUUCGCCAGACCCAGCAGUCUAUUGUUGCCGACCGGCUGGCGGCCAAUAAAAGUCUUGAGGCGCGGAAACGCGAGAAAAAUAUCAACGAUGCUGCUCGAAUGGAAGAACGUCAGCUGACAAUCGAAAUGGAUCAGAUGCGGGAGUUUGAACGCGCGAAGAUGAAUUCACGAACUCGCAUCAAGCAUAUGGAGGGGUAUUUUAACAAUUCCAGCCCUCCUCCCUCGCCAGGAGGGUCAGUGUCGGGGCCGGAGACCACCCCCGCCCGGAAAUUCACCGCGCAACACAAGGCGCAAUUAGCGCAGGAAUACCACGAUCACAAAUCCAUGGAUCAGUUACACGAAGCUAAGAUCAAGGUGCUCCGUGAUCGACAGGAACUUCGACUGCAGGAGGCGAUCGCCCGCAUGGACCGAGAAUUGGACGAGAUGAUCGACAAACAUGCUUUAGAAUUUGCGCACAUGCAGCAGACCCACCAGCAGGAAGAGAUGGCUAUUCUUCAGGCAUUCGAAGCGAAGAAGGCCCGAUUGACCCACCGGUGGAAUCUGGAAGAAGCGAUUCUGCGAGCAAAGCUGCGGACGCAACACGGCAAGGUAUACGGCCCCUUGCCUCCCCUGUCCUUCCGCGACCCAAACUACGAGACGCGCGAUUCGGCCAUCUGUGUGGCCGAGCAGACCGGAGCUGCCAGCGCUUGAUGAUGAGGAGGUGCACCCGGACGACGAAGAGAAGGGGACAGGUGCUUUGAUUAUGAUGUGAUGUCUACGUGAUACCCUUUCCUUUAUUUCCCCAUUCUCGGAACUCCUCAUGCAUAUAUGCAGCCCCUAAUGUGUCAUAUUCGGCUUCGAAUGCCGACCCCUAUAUCUUGUAAUUAUUAUUCCCAUCCGUUUCCUUGCGAUUCU